AUGUCUUCCCCACACAAUCCAGCGAGCAAUUACUGGGGGUGUUUGAUCCGGGCAGACAAGAGCGCCACUCCUCUGUUUGAACAGCUCUGCCUGGGGAUCGCGAAAUUAAUAACAGAACUCCGACAGCCGAGUACGGAAGAUCUUGCCCCGGAGAAUCUGGCCGCAUUUUACCGUUUGGUCGGGGGAAAUUAUGACAACAUCUUCCUGCAUACACCCCACGAGUCUCUAUCAUUCAUAUACCAGUCUUUAGGGUGCUUUCAUACCCUCCAACCCACGCCAGAUCCCUUCAAACCCCCGUCCAUUCCAGCACUCCGCCCGCAUGGCUUCGUCCGCUGGCAGACGAUCCAGCUCCUUCUAUGUCCACACGAGCAUAUGUUGUUCCUGCAAAGAGCAGUGAAGAAGUUUGACAUUAUCAACCCCUCGGGUGGAUGCGUAUUCCCGAAGGUUAUUCCAAGGGAUUCGUUCCCUUCCAAACCCGACCCGGAAAUGGUGCAGUGGCACGAAACCGUCAGCCAGAAAUUGGAAGACGAAUAUAAUGCGGAAGAACAGAAGGCCUCGUCACGGUUUUCUGAUCGUGAUUCACAAGGCCAUAAAGCGGGUCCCAAGUCUUUAGAUGGCUUCGCGCCAGACGAAACACCUGACUAUUUCUCUCGUCGGGGAAGCACCAGCCAAAGACCAUCCAAUUACUCCAGACAUACACCACCGUCGGAACCUAAUCCCGCUUACAACGUGCGUGUUCAUAAACGAUCUGUGCCAGAAUUCACCUCUCCGCUGUCCACGGAACCGGAACUAAGACACGAUGACAUCGAUGAGCAUUCGGCACCGAUAUAUAGCCGCGUCAAACCUCGUAGCAGACCGGCUUCACGGCACAGACGGUCUCGCCGUGGUCGAUCAUUAACACCUCCCCCACGACACCGACAAUUGCCAUCUGAAUCUUCGUCAGAGUCUGAGGACUCCGAGGAACAUGUGCGUCAAUCCAGAUCACCAACCUCCCCCGAGGACGACGAUAACGACGCGGACUAUGAUAGGCUGUUCGCGAGCCGCAAUUCGCAUGCCAGAUGCCACUCACACGACGCCGCACAUUCAUCAAGGAAAAGAUGGAGCCAAUCCCCCACACGCCGCCACCUCCAACGAGAAGACGCCAUCCCACCAGAAGCAUUCCAGGCAUACGAUUACUACUCCCGCAUCCCGAACAGCGCAGAAUUCCGCCCGUACCCCGAUGACCCCCGACGCAUGAGCUCAGUCUCCCACUCCCCCCGAAGACUCAAACAACUCCAACCCCAACCACCAGCCGCUCCCCACCCCCCCGCGCUCCCGAGCGUGAAAUUCCGCGAAUACAUCUUCGACGACGAUGGCAGACACGCCAACUCCGCCCCACCCUCGCCCGUUAACCACCACCCUCACCAUCAUCACCAACCUCUCUACACCCGCACCGCCUCUUCACGAACACCCGCCACAGCACACAACUCAUCCCUCGCAUAUCGCCAAUACGUCCCCAGGAUGGAUACAGAACCGUCCCUCCCAACCCGCUCGCUCUCAGGCAGGCGAAAGGCAAGCGCAAGCGCCAGCGCCGGCAGCCGUAGUGGCAGCAGCUCGGAGCGAGCUCGUGCAUUGUCCAUUGGCGGGAAACCGCUGGCGCAUCUGCGCAUUGAUCAAACCAUGAAGCCCUUGACAAGGCGGUAUUGA